AUGAUAGGGGCUACAUUGCAGAUGCAGCCCCAACUCCCUCUCUCUCUCACACCUUGCUGGAGACAGCGUGUAGAAGAGUAGGAGUGGUAUUUCGGGCACUGUGACGAUACUGUGUAGGACUGACCCAUGAGUUACUGAGAACGGUGACCUCGCUGGCGUGAGGACCAUAGCAGACAGACUCAGGGAGGGAACCUUCAGCGGUGUACCAUAGAAGAUAGAAGUAGACUCACCGGAAAACUGAAGGUAGAGGAAGUGGUGGAAGCGCUGGCGAGGCGGCCCUGAGGACCACCUUUACCCCCAAACAAAAUAAACCAUUCAACCACCCAGCACAUCCAGUUUUUUAAUUUUCAAGAAUGGCAUUGGAUACUGUAAAGCAGUGCUGUCGCCAGCUAGAUUCUGACCGCAUUACGGAGAGGAAGAAAGGAAGUGAUCAACUGAAACACUUGUUGAAUAAUCCCAGUAUUGUUGGUUAUUUGGACACUAGACCAAAUGAUUGCUUCAAUUGGAACAGUGUCUUCUGGAGUGCUAAGACCUUCUUUAUCAAGGAAUCCAAAAGAGUUGAAGAAGAUGAAAGAAAGAAAUCGGAAGUCUCACAAACAGUGUUGCAGAAUAGGGCUAAUCUGAAACGCUGUGCUGCAGCUUUGCCUAAGCUGGUGAUGAAAAAAUCCUCUCUGAGAACCCCACGUGUUUCUGCACACAUUGUUGUAGAUCUGGUGCUGACAGUUCUUGACAGAAGCAAUGCCUAUUUACUUGAAAACUUUGCUGGAGACUUCAUUCAGAUUACAUUUAAGUAUCUUUUACGAUUUCCUCAGUAUUACUUGGAAGUAUCACCAGCAAAAUGGAGAGAUCUAAUGAAAAUCUUCAUAUGGGUGUAUGAAAAUGAUCUCCCCAAUACUGAUGCUGUAACCAUCAUUGGUGUUAUGGAAGGUAUUGUGAAAUGUUGCAAGAUGCAAGGCAUUCAGCAUAGAAUUUAUAAUCCUGCUUUAGUCUUGAGGCGUUUGCCAGCAUUUCUGAAGCGGGCCCUAACAAGCAGCAAGUUGCCAUCACAGUUUGGUCUUCAAUCCAGUUUACUCAGUCUUCUGCUCACAUUUACUAAGGCUAUGUCAAGUGAAUGGAGAUAUUUGUUGUGUAGCAUUGGAGAAGAAACAUUUAAUUCGGUAUUAGCUAUGUGGGAGAGCCACUCAUCUCCUCGUCAAACUAAUUGGCUCGAAUAUGUGAAUCUACAGAUCUUGAUACAUCAUCCACAAAAAGGUGGGGAAACCAUUGAAGUAAGCCAAUUUGUACAUGAUUCCGUUAAAUGGCAGCGUUGUCUCCACCACCUCUACCAACUUGUUCAUGAUCAUCUUGACCAACUGACAAUGAAGAACAAAUUAGCAUCAUCAUCUGCUUUAAAUGUUGAUCACUACACCAUACCUACUCUUCUAGUAACUUUAACAGCAAGGCUUUGUUGCAAGAUUUUCCAAGACAACAAUGGCUAUGGAGUUCUGGAUGUUACCCAGGACAGCAGUAAUGAUAAUAGUAAUGCGACAGGCAACAAGCCUAACAAGAGACGAAGAAUUGAAGUUGGAUUACAACCCUUGGUGUGCCUGCUACGUGAAGAGGGAACACAGCUGCAUACAAUUCCAUGGUAUCAAAUACUUCAUGAGCUGUUGAAAUCCUACAGUGCAUUCUUUGACCAAGCAAAGUGUUCCAUGAUGUUGGAGUUAUUCACCCACACUUUGUCUGAGUGCAGAAAGCCAGCAAUACAAGAGCAUGUUAUAUGGUGUCUUUGUGCUCUAGCUCAUCAAUACAAUAAGGUUUAUCACAUGAGUGGAACUGAAAAUGAGAAAAAAAUUGGAAAAUGGACUCCAGUAUGGGACAUGACAUUGAGACUAGUGAGUGGGAAGCAGUGUAGCAGAUCUGGGCUAGAGCUUCUACAGACACUAAUGGAGACAGGUCUUGCUCAUCCAAGUUCGUCUGUCUUCAAGCUGUUUUAUCAGGGCUAUGUAGAUAUGAAUGCAACCGCACUGUCUACUCUCUUGGUUCUGCUGUCCUUGGUUCCGGUCCCAAAGCAUGUCAAGGAUGAAUCAUCUGUUUUGAGCGAUGAGCUGGUGAAAGAUGGCAGAAUUAAGCUCCUUCAUAUAGUCCUGCCUGUCCAUAGGGAGGGUGGCAUAGUUAAUGGCGGGAUGGCUUCAGUUGCCUCGCUAGAAAAUCCAGUACUUCUAGCCCAGCUGCUUCUUCAACUACGUCUUAGAGAUCCAAGCUGUGCUGAGAGUGAAUGGACAAAAAUUGUAGAAUUUAAGAAGGAGUCAAGAAAUAGCCAUAAUAAGUCAGAUUUUCUCUCCCAUUUAGAAGAUAUAUAUCGAUUAUCUACAUUUUCUUGUGACUUGCCCAAGAACCAGCUCUCCAAGAACAACUCCUCUAAAUUGAAAACAAGUUUUAAAGAGUUGAAAAUUCUUCAUAAAGAGGAGGAAUGCAUGAUAGAGAGAAUAAUAGCCUUCGUAGAGCAGGUGGAAACAGAGGACAUCCUUACCAUCUCCAAUGGUUUACAAGUUCUACUACAAGUACUGCAGCUGAUUGUAAUUGUACUACUUCAUAUUUCUGAUCAAAGAUUGCAGAUGAAACUACAGCAGGUGAUGAAAUUGGUAACAUCAGGAAUACAAAGGAUGUGUUCUGUGCCAUCAACAUGUGCAUUUGGUAAUGUGCUUCCAGUACUGGAGUUAUUUCAACAUUUAUUUCACAUUGUGAACAACUGGGCAAAAUCCCUUGAAGAUCCAAAUGCUAAAAGCAAUGGGGAAAAGUUGCAAGAGCUUUUAUUAUCUUCCACGCCACCUGCUCUCUUUGCAUGCAUCAUUGAGCUCGUGAAGGCAAGAACUACAAAGUCUCUCAAUGAUUCCCAACCAGGGAUCUCACAAUUGAACAAUAAUAUGAGGAGGUCAGUGAGCCAAGGUUCUUCCACCGACUUAGACUUGGAUUUUGAUGACUUUGAUGAAGCUGGACCAUCAGUGUCAAUGAAAGAUGAUUUUCAGCAGUUUGAUGAACAUGAUAACAAUGCAUUAUUAGAAGCAACUACAGAUGAAAACAUCAUACUGGAAGAUAUUAGCUCCUACAGUUUGCAAGAUCAGUGCAUUAUAUUGGCACAACAAUGGCUAAGUGAUGUAAAUGAGUCUUGGUGCACUGUUAACGUAGGUGAAGAUAGUCAGAACUCCUUACUGGAUGUUAUCAACCUCAUCAUAGAAUUUUCAAAGUACCCCAACCUAGAGACGGCUGAUAUUGCAGUGAUCCUCAAGUUUGUCCAUACACUGUUUACCUCAAAUUAUGAUGAAGACAACAUAAAAGAUGGCUUUGAAAUUCUCAGUUACUUAUGCAAGAAACAUUGCAGUGAACCUCAAGUGGCUGCAUAUGUUUUGAAAAUUAUUACAGAUCUGACUCGCGUUCAUGGUAAUAACUUAUCUGCUGUUAUUCGAGCUAGCAUUGUUAAGUUGGGCAUAGCUUUUGCUCAGAAACAACAAGAGGGGAUCUAUGGCCAGAGUGUUAGUGAGGCAAUCUUCUAUCUUAAUGGUGAACUCAGUAAGGUGGAUCCAAAGCGUGUGUGGUCUAGGUAUGUAAUACCAGAAAAUGACCGUUGUGGAGAAAUAUUUAACCUUCUCUGUAGCCCAAGCCAUGAACUGCGCAUCAUGGCUGCCUCUUUCAUCCACGUGAUAUUAGUUAAAGCUGAUGGAACUAUGAUGGAUACUCAGCAUCAACUGCAAACUUUUCAAGAUGUUUAUCAGACAGCAUUGGAAGCCCUGACCUUACCGGGCACACUUCAAGAUGACUUCAAAUCUGAUGAAGGAGUUAACCGAGUGGCUAGCUUCCUUCUUACUUUAGGAGUAAUAGCACUGAACUCUCCAUUCCUUGAAGCCAAGGCGCUCUUUGCUUUGUGCCUUGCGGUUCCUGAAUGUGGUGUUGAUGCAGUACUUGUGUCAAGGCUUGUUAACAGAGUAGCAAUAUCAAGAGGCUGUACAAUGAAAAAGUUAAUGCAACACCAUUUGCCAUACUUGGCAAAGCAGUGGGUUCUGCACAAUCAAGAUAUUGCCAAUUUUCCAGCUUGUCUCCUGGAGUCUACAAACAGUGAAAAUUUCCUGAAAGAACAUACAAAUAUCUUAUUACCUGUUUUGUUUGAUUGUGACAAAAGUGAUUCCAUUGAAAACUUGGCAAGAAAUUGUGGAAAAGAUGUGGUUGAGCUUUUUAAGAUGAAUUUUCCCACGCUCAUGGCUCAUAUUUAUCCACUUGUUUCGGCUGAAUUGAAUAAUGAUUUGGUUGAGCAGCUUACAAGACCAAAGAUAAUUUCUGCUAAAAGGCAUUAUAAAUUGCUUGAAAAAAGUCUAGGAAAUGAAAGGUUCAGAGAAAUGAUAGACAAGCACAUUGGUGAUAUAAUUCUCUCCUUGGUGAAGAUUGUACAUGAUGCUGAUGCUAUCAUAGAGGAAGAAGUGAUUGUAGAACCAAAUCCUCCAUACUUUUCAUCAACUGUAAUACACAAUACUCUGGAAUAUUUAAACAUGAUGUUUAAAGAGGCUUGCCCAUUAGCUGUUCUUGCAUCAAGAAAAUUAGAACUCCAUAAAGUUGUUCAAGGUGUUCUAGAAUAUUUUGCUCAGAGCAGCACUCCUCAUUCUGCUCGUCGUGCCCUGUCAUCUGUAGCUGCUGUCGUUCAUUCAUUAUUGCCCCAUUUAGAAGAGAAUGUGAAAGAUAUUUCUGCAUACAUCAUAAGAUUCUUGGUUCAUAUACUUACCUGUUACACCUCCUCACUUCAAGAAAUAGCUCCGUACUUGGCAGAUCAUUGCAAUAAACUUUUAUACAACGUUUGCAGCUGUGCCCUGGAACAUUGUCCUCAUCCAUUUAUAUCAGUUAUUCCAAUUCUGUUUGCACGUUUAUUACCUCUGGCAAAGGUCACCUCACCAGUUAAGAAGUCGACCCUUAGUGUCAUCGAGGCAAUUUUCACAAGCAACCAUCCAGAUGUUCAGCGAGCUGUAUCAGGUUUACCACCGUUACCUGAUGAUGAAGAAUUCCAGAGUUUGAAUCCAUUGCGUGAUAUUCAUUGUCAGCUUGUGACUUCAUUCUGUGGCAGUCUAACUCUUGGUGAUGAAAUAAAAAACUUUCUGUCUUUAUCUUUGGAUGAAACAGAGGUUCAGUCUGUUAUACAUUUGUUGAAAAUGUUACAACAUCAUAGAACAGAAAUACCAGAAUUAUAUGAAAGUGUUGGCGUAGAUCAAGAGAGUGCUGGACACCGACUUACUUACAGCCUUGUUACCCUUGCUUCUGGAAGUGAUGAACAGGUUGCAUUACAAGCAAGCAGAUGUCUUGGAGAAUUGGGACCCAUUUCUUUUGGAUCACCAGUAUUCUACAUUCAGGACAAGAACUUUUCUCAGUUACUCCAAAUUGGUACAAUGGAUUGUGAUAUUGCAUGUAACAUCAUCACCAUGUUAAACAGGUUUCUUACCUGUGAAGACAUUAAUGUAGUGCAAGCAGCAGGCUCUGCCUUGCAAAACUUCUUAUCAACUAGGGAUGGCUUUAAAGCUUUCCAUGAUCUUGGCCAAGCACUUCAGCAGGACCUGAUAGUUCUUCUCCCAAUUUCCAGACCAAAAAUAAAAUCCACCAGUUCUUCAGGAGUAGAUGCAAAUAAUUAUGAGCUCCUGAUAGGAGAUUGUGACCUCUGGUUUAGCGGGAACAGCUACGAAGAGUGGGUAACACGCCUUGCGUGCAGACUCAUCGAGGCUGGCUGCGGCAGUGACAUAAUUACGCAGGUUCUUCCUGUAUGUAAAGUGAAGCCUGAGUUCAGUGCUUUUAUGUUACCAUUCAUCAUACAUUCAGCGCUUAAGACCAACUGCAUUAAUCGACGGGACGUUCUGUCACGACAGUUUUCACAAUUUUUUGACUAUCAUGUGGACAUUGUUAAACUUCCAUCAAGUUCUAAAGGAACUGGUAAGAAUAUGUGCAUAAACAAAGCUGCUCUUCAGGUUUUGCUUAAUGUUAUUGAUUAUCUUCGCACUCAAACACCAGAUGAACCUUUCUCCGACAGAGGCACCGUUACUCCGUGGGAAAGAAAUUUGUGGCUACAGGUGAACUACCUUCAUGUAGCUCAGGCGGCCCACUAUUAUGGUGCACAUUUUUCUGCACUUCUUUUUUUACAUCUACAUUGUGAAACUUUAUUGAAUGAGAUGAAGCAAAAUCAAAGCCAGGCAUCUUUAUCAGUGAGUGGACAGACUCCACUGUUGAUGCAGAUAACUCACCUUCCUGAAGCUGCCACUCUCAGCACACUGAUGCUGCAGGUCUAUAGUUGUCUUGGUGAUAGUGAUGGUGUAGAGGGAUGUGUAGGUGCCAGCAGACUUGUUGAUUCAUCUGCCCGGGCAAUGCGAUAUCAACACCGAGGCCAGUGGAUGGAGGCCUUUGCAAUUCAUGAUUCAGCAAAUUGCAUUCCUGGAAUUGUUGAAGGACUUCGUGAAAUGGGCCUUUUUAAUACUUUAAAUGCACUUUUAAGUGAAACAUCACUCAAGAUCUCACAGGAAGUUUCUGAAGCACAGUGGGAAUCAGCCUGGAGACUUUCACAGUGGGACUCUGUUAACUUCAAUAACAAAUUUUCUGAAGAGGGGCUACUGGAAUUAAAACCCAGUUUCCAUCAGCAACUAUUCUGUGCACUUCAGUCCCUUCACCAUCAAGACCUUUGGUCUCUUCACAAACAAACUAUGCAGGCUAGAAAAGGUGUCAUUAGGCAGCUGAGACUUAGUCGAGCAGAAAGCAGUAGCUCUAUAUAUCCAUUACUGAGCCAGCUGCAGAUAUUGUCUGAAGUUGAAGCAGCAUCUGCCUCUCUUAGUGAUAUCCACUACCCUGAUAAGUUUAAGAUAAGCAUCCAAAAUUUAGAGCAUAUGUGGAACUCUAAGAAGACUAUGGCAAAUGUUGAGUACAAAUAUAAAGAACCUAUUUUGGCUGCUAGAAUAUCCACUCUUAAAACUAUAGCAGCAGUCCACAAUGAAGAAAAUGUUAACAGAAUUCUUCACACAUCUCUGUUGACCAAGAGUGUGCUGUCACGUGAAAAUAUGAAGUUAAAUAACAGCUCAGGAAGUGAGUCGGCCCUAUUAUGGGCAUCACGAUUAAAACUUCCCCAAACUUUGGUUUGGAUGACACGCCUAGAAGAAGCACAAGUAGCAAAGCAUCAGCAACACACAAAACAUGCUUCAGAUAUUCUCAAUUCGCUUAUAGAGGAUCUGCAUAAGGUGAAUCUGGAGAGUGAAGAGAAAAUAAUAGUGUGCCAGGCCCUGAACCUUUAUGGCUGUGUUCUAAUGGAUUCAAGGGCCCGGGCUCCCCAUGACAUCAUCCAGGAUUUUUUCAACAAAGCUAUUGGCAUUUUAAAUUCUUCAGAGGCUCCAGACACAAGCAAAGUUUUAGAAGAUAGCUACCAUCAGUUGGCGACAUACGCAGACAAGCAUUAUCGGGAGGUUCACCAGCAUCUGGAGUCUGAUGCUAUACAAACAAAGAGAGAGACUAUCAAAAGAUCACAGGAAGAACUUACUCAAGUAAAGAAUCUUCGUAGCAGAACUAAAGUGCCUUUGGAAUUAACAGAAUUAAGCAAGAAGAUUAAUAUACUUGAAAAGAACAUCAAAAUAGACUGUAAUAAGUUAUGUGAACUGGAGGACCAGAAGGAAGAAUAUCUCUUCUUGGCCAUGGAAAACUACCUUAAAUGUGUCAUGGUCUCAACAGAACAUGAAAUGCACAUCUAUCGAAUUGUUGGUCUCUGGUUGGAGAAUCUUACAAAUGAAAGGAUCAACAGAUUGGUUUUAGACCAUGGUAUGAAAAUGAGUAGCUACCAUUUUGUUCCUCUACUGUACCAGCUUGUAGCAAGACUAAGCUGCCAGAGAGAUCAGCACAAAUCCUUCUUACAAGUCCUAUUGUACUUGUUACAGCGAGUCUGUGUGGAACACCCCCACCACAGUUUACCUGUCAUCAUCGCAUUGGCCCAUGCCCAUGCUGAUGAUGACAUAAUGAAAAAUGGUAGUAAAAGUAAGAAGCAAAGGAAUGAAGUUAAGGAAGAGGAUCGUGUACGAGCGGCUAAACUGCUAGUAAGCCGGUUGAAGAAAACGGCUAUUGCAGAGCAUGUGGCUGAAUUUGAGACAGUUUCCCAUGCAUACCUUGAACUAGCCAACUGGUCUUGUAACAUGAAACUGUCUCCUGGCACCAAGGUAUCUGUUCCUGACAACCAGCCCUUAGCUUCUCUCCGUAAUCUGAAGUACACUUCUGCUUUAACUCGGCCAUUGAAGCUGCAGCCAUCAGCUCACUACUCCCCACCACUAAUUGUUGGCUGGGAAGAUACGUGCACAUUCGUUGGAGGAAUCAAUGCCCCAAAACGACUUACAAUAAAAACAUCUGAUGGACUGAAGCAGUUUGAGCUCCUCAAAGGAAGAGAUGAUAUCAGGCAGGAUGCUGUGAUGGAACAGGUGUUCAGGAUUGUCAAUCAGCUCCUAAACAAAAACAGAGAAACAAGAGAACGAGCAUUAUCCAUGCGUACAUACCAAGCUGUCCCAUUAUCACAAAAAAGUGGACUAAUUCAAUGGUGCAACAAUACUCAGGCCUUUGGUGAAUAUCUUAUUGGUACUAAUAAGAAAGGCGGAGCACACAAGCUGUACUAUCCAGAAGACUACACAGCAAGUGCAUGUCGUGAGAGGAUGAACAGUGUCAAAGAACGAUCCUUCCAAGACCGUUUUAAUGUCUUUCAGGAUAUUUUGGAGCAUUUUCAUCCAGUGUUUCGUCACUUCUUCCUGGAAAAUUAUCCAUCACCCCAUGAAUGGUACAAACGGCGACUUGCAUAUACGAAGUCAGUAGCUACAAGCUCAAUGGUGGGCUACAUACUGGGGUUAGGAGACAGGCAUGUAGAGAAUAUUCUUCUGGAUAAGUCUACUGCCGAACUUGUACACAUUGACCUGGGAAUUGCAUUUGAACUUGGCAAAAUUUUGCCAACUCCUGAAACUGUUCCCUUCCGUAUGACUCAGGAUAUAAUAGAUGGACUUGGUGUGAUGGGAGUAGAAGGGCCCCUCCGCCAGUGUUGCGAGGCUACUUUGGCCAUCUUAAGGAGUUCAGGGGAAGUGCUCGUGACAGUUGUGGAGGUCUUAAGACAUGAUCCCCUACACCAGUGGACCCUUUCUCCUCAGCAAGUGGCUCAUCUUCAGGCCAGUGGAGAUGAUGAUGAUCAGGCAAUUGGUUGUGUGUCCUCUGCAUCAAUGGCUGACCGUGUAGUGCUGAGAGUACAGCAGAAGCUGGCAGGGGUAGAGGAUGGAUAUCCUCGCACUGUAGCUGAACAAGUUACUGUACUCCUACAACAGGCAACUGACAACUCUAAUCUCUCAAGGCUUUUUCCAGGAUGGCAGCCGUACAUAUAAACUUUACAGGGCAGUCUGGAUAGUUGACCAUUUGUUUUUAUAUGGACAAAUUUUAAAAAUUUCAGUGAAAGCUAAUUUAUAUUAUUUUAAGGCUUAAUUCAUCAUUGGAGCAUAUUUAUCAAUAUGAACAUUAAUAUUUUAUGUAGUCAUUAUUUUUUGGUAAGUUUACCAGUUAUAUUAAUUAAUACUAAGCAUUUGUAUAUAAUAAUUUUCAAAUUAUUAAAAUCUCAUGUUUGA